CGGGCCGGUCAUGGCCGGAGACUAAAAAAAAUGCAUUUUCACCUGUUAAAUAAUUGUGUACAGUGUCAUUAAUUAAUUGUUUAAUGGUUUUAUCCACCGUAGAGCUGUAAAGUAAUUAACAAAUUGGUUUAAUAUGUCGUGAUCAGGUGUUACUAAUUUUGAAUGCUGAAUAAUUUAACGGUUAAUAGAAAUAAUAAUAAUAAUUAUAAAUAAAUAUUUUUGCAAAAAGAAAAAUACUGAUAGCAAGAGGUGAGUGAUAGAGAGAACUAUGAGUGACUUGAUAGAUUUAACCAGCCCUGAGGACAAAAAAAUACGUGGUCCAAAGCUGACGUCACCACUGAUCCCUUUGCCAGGUGACAAGGAUGAGAAGCCAUGCGAAUCACAGGUUGUAAGGAACCCGAUAAUAAAUUUAGAAGCUUGUGGAAACCUGGAUGACAAUCCAUUUGAUUCGGAGUUGAGAAAAACGAAUGAGUUUGUAAGCAAAUCCCAAGACCCGUUCGAGGUUGUCUGGAAAAAGUCUAUGAACACAACCGGGGAAUCUAGAUCAUUGUGCAAAUCAACUGGUGAUCAGUCAGGUAAAUCCAAACGUCAUGCAGACGCUCUGAAGAUGAACAAGACGUCAGACGGUUUGUUUGUCACUCCAUCAGUGAGUCUAACCCAUAAAAAUUUUAGCAAAUCUAAAAAUCCAUUGGUAUCUAUACGACCACCUAGUCCAGAUUAUCAUGAGCUGUCGAUACUGGAUCAGUCGUAUUUAAAUGACAGUUUUCUGCUGGAUUGCUCGGUGACGGGAAGACCGAGCACUGAUAGAUACUUGAAGCGCUUAGCUGGUGAUUUAGGAGUCUCGAGUCCUAAAGUUAAUUUAUCUCAGUCAAUUCUCAAUCAGUCGACGCUCAAUGACAGCCUGUCGGGAUCCAGUGGCGAUGACACUGCGAUAAAGUCGAUAGUUGCUCAGCGUCUGGCUUCUUGCAUUCAGCAAGGGAUCAGAGAAGCUGAAGAAGCUGUUCUAAAAACCAGUAAUGACAGCUACCACAAGCUACGCCGGUCUCUGUCUCAAGGCUGUCAGCUCUCCCCGCAUUACCUCAGCCCCAAAGCUGCUAGAUCACAAUCUACGGCUGGCAGCAGGAUCAACACAAGUCUGCUGUCGUCUAAAAAUUCACUGCUCGAAGAUCCACUGAACAACGGAUUCUUGCAGUCAUCCUACAACACAAUAUCAGACUUGUCUUCCAUCAGAAAGUUGAGCUCCGCGUCUGGUAUAACCGGCAGCUCGUCUGCCUACACAAACAACACAAUAAACUGCGCGUUCAUCAACAGCGCAUCGUUAUCAGACACUGAGCAAAUGAAAAGAUCAAUCAAUUCCCGUCUUUCCUCUUCGUUUGCUGAAAUUUCCGACCUGAAAGCUAAACUUAAUCUGCUUAAAGCAAAGUCCUCAUUAGGGUCCUUGGAAAAAGCCGGAAGUUCUCUAACUACUGAUCCAGAAAAUUUUGUUAUUGAUCAUAAUAUUACUUCAGACUCUGUAUUUACUGAUGAAGAAUUGAAAAAGCGGGAUGAUGAUAAAUCAUUAGCGACACUUGAACGAAUGCUUGCUAAAUCACAGGAGUCGAGCGGUAGCAUUGAAUUGCCCUCGAGAAUUCCCAGUGAUACGGAAGUAUUAACAGACAGCGAAAUAAAAGUUGUAAACUUGAUUGAGCUGUCGUCAGACACAUCUAAUAGCACGGGUUUAAAUUCUGCUGAUAAAUUACAGUCUCAAUCUUCAUCGCAAUUACUUGGGAAGAGUAAUGAUGGCAACAGUACUGUCGACGUGGUACGUGAGUUGGAAAAAGAAUUGAUCGCAGCUGAGAAUAAACCAGCCGCUGCGACCUUGCUGAUGGAUCUUAAAAAAUUGAUAAAAGCUGAAAAUAAUUAUCAGGCUAUUGAAUUACUUAAAAAUUUGGAGAAAAUGCUGGGCGUAAAGUGUCAGAGUAACGUCGAUUUAUUGGAAAUUUGCAUGGCCAGAAGUACAAGUUCGUCUGCAAGUAAAGAUAAUGAAAUAAAAAUUAAUGAUGCUGGUAAUUCUGAUACCUCAAAUAUAAAUAAUAAUUCAAAGUCACCUCAGGAUUUUAAAACUAAAACUCCAAAUGACAGUAUCAAUAAACUAAUAGCAGGUAUCCAAACAUCACUGGAAAAAUUGAUAUCGGAAAAUGUUGGCGAGCCUAAAAUAGUAUUAGAAAAACUUAACAAAGUAUUUAGCAGCGUUGUGUCUAAUGAAAAUGAAGAAAAAUCAAAAUUAACUUCACCAGUUAAAACAGCACGUGUUUACCCGAUGAAUAAUCCGGGAUUAAGUCGCUCGGUGUCAUCCAUUACACGCAGGAGUGUUGACAGUCCAAGUAAAAAAUAUGGCGGAUUAAAAAGAGUAACGUCGACGACACAGAUACCUGAGGGCUCAAGUCCCCGUAGAUCUAGCUCAGCCGGGCGCAAAGUUCGCGUCGACAGUCCUAAGAAAGAAAUAAAGAGCCGUUUGUCGUCAUCAUUUGGUCACCGGGUGGCUGGUUCGCGCGCUGAUCAAGUCCCGAAAGAUGAUGCUCCAGUUAAAAUAAAACCUGUUCCAGUACUCAGCAAAACCAAACUCCGUAGCAAGAAGCCGGAGUCCGAGACCACGAAGGGUCCAAUGAAAGCGGUGAUUCCCCUGGGUAAUAUGCAUCGACGUGCUUCGCUGGGGAAACGCGUCGCUCCGCUGAUUACUCCCGCGACACCUCCACGUGCUCGUGCUUCCAUUGGGAAAACCAGCACUCCAAAUUCUGAAGAACCGGCUUUUAAUUGUCUGCAGAAACCUCCGAAGACUAAACCUCUCGCGGCCUCGACUCCAGAAGGCAGCAAUAAAAAUACUCGCUCCAGUCUGCCGGUUGCUAAGAGUCCUAAGCCAUCGUGGAAUAUUUCUCCAGUUACUCCGAACGCUCCUAGGACAGCAACAAGUCCUCGUCCCACACCCAGGACUAAUCCUCGCCCUCAAUUUAAUAAAAAUAAUUCCUGCGAACGGUCACAAGUUAAAAUGGCUGUUUCAUCACCGAGGACUCCCAAGUCAUCUCCGAGAGUAACGGAGAGUACUAAAGAAUCUCAAAAAUCACGAGCGAGCUUAUCAUCGAAGCACUCAAUCAGUAAACUUUCUACUCGUCGUUCAGAACCAAUUCGAGGCGAUUUAUCAAAAAGCGAAGGCUCGAAAAAAUUAAUACCCGAAGCUCUGAAGGAGAGCAACAGUCCAGUUGCUAAAGUCAAGCCUGUUAAUUUAGCUUCCAAGUUCGUUUUGCGUCGAAGCGGAAGUUUCAAGCUACCGGAAAAAGAAAAUAAAUUUUACAAAUAAGCCUAUAAAAGUAUUUUUGUAUUUAAGAAAAAAAGU